GAGAGAGAGAGAGAGUGAGAGUUGAGUAGACAGAUAUGUGAAUUCAAGCAGACAGGAAGGAUAGACAGACAGACAAGAAAAAAAUCAGCCAUAAUAGCAGUCACCCACAAAGAACAGACAGAAAUAGUCAGAUAAACAGACGGAAAAAUUGACAGACAGACAGACAACCAAUAAGAUAGACAUAUAAACACAGGUAGAUUGAGGCAAACAGACAUACGGACAUAGACAGAUAGACAGCCAACAAAAAAGAGAGAGAGAGAGAGAGAGAGAGAGAGAGAGAGAGAGAGAGAGAGAGUGGUAAGAAAUCAAGCAAGGUAACUUAGAGGAAAGACCUUCAGAUACUUUAUAUUCCACCAGGAUGGAAGGAAAAGUUUCACGACAGCUUGGUGUAACAACCACGUGAGUUUUGCUUCACGUUGCAAAAACCAAAGGAAGAGAAAAACACAACAAAUACUUACAAAAAAAAAAAACGCAAUACUGAACACAAUACGAGUGACUGAAUUCCGCUAGCACCUUUUAUACCUGGAACCUUCAUAUCUUUAAAAGGAAAAGGGAACAAAGUGAAGUGAUGUAAUGAAACUAUUCCCCUGACGUGACUUAACCAACUCCACAAGGAACAACUCAUAACUCGCACAGAAUCAUCUCAGCCUUUCAUCCUGUCACGUGGGAGUAAAUGAGGAAAAUGCUGCAAGCAAAACAGGUCUGAGUGAUGAGGAAGGCAGACGAAUAUGGUCCAAGGAUUGCAGGAGGAUGAAGGAGACAAGGACAUUACCAGGAGAGAAGGAAAAGUUAGUCUGCUGUUGUGUCCACUUGAAGAUUCUGUGAGAGUGACGAGAGGGGAACACUUUCGAUGGCCCUCGUGGACUGUAGAUGACUGGAGGACAGCACUGGCACUCUGGGUCAUUUGGGCAGUGUCAGACCUCGCUGGGUGCCUGAGGGAAGUAGAGGAAGGUAGAGACGCGUGACAAGUAGAAGCCAAUGCAAGGAAACCCUCGUAUUUACCAUGAGAGUCCACAUCGUUCAGCUGGCAAAGGAGGCACCUGGUCUUUGGGGCGCCUUCAUAUGCAUCCUCCUCCUAUUCCUCCUUCUGCACCUCCACCUUCCCCUCCCAUCACAAACCAGAGCAUGAAUGAAGGCUUCAGGGUGUUAACGCCGGAAACACACCACCCAGAAUGUAUGGACAAGGGAGCAAUGAUGGAUAUUCAAAAGCCUUAUCCACCCAAGCUCCCUGCGCCGUCAUCCCCAGCCACUGCAAGACCUCGAGGGCGCUUUGUCUUCCUUGCAGCCUCCAGUGUCUCUCUUAAAGCCACGAGGUGCUCUGUGAUUGCUCUCCUGACGGUGGUGGUGAUGAUGACACAGGGAACCCUCGCCCAGGACUCUACUAUAAGACUGAGACAGGGAAAUGUGAAAGGGGUCAUAAGAGAGACGAGCAACAGGCAAGUCUACGCUUACCUGGGCAUUCCUUACGCCAAGCCACCUGUUGGGAACCUCAGAUUUCAGCCGCCGCGUCGCCACGAGGGAUGGACCACAACUCUCUUCGCUAGCGAGUUUAGGGCAGCGUGUCCCCAGCCCUUCCUGACGGGGAUACAGAUGUCAGAAGACUGUCUUACCCUCAAUGUGUGGAUCCCUGAGCUGCCGCGUGGCUUCCGUCAGUACCCUGUCAUAGUACUGUUGGAGGGAGAAUUCUUCGUCACCUCAGCUCCCUCUAGGUUCCCCGGCCAGGACCUCGCCGCCUCUGACAUGAUCGUGGUCUCCUUCAACUAUCGCACUAAUGCCUUCGGUUUUCUCAGCUGGGAGGACCGCUUGCUGCCUGGGAACCUUGGGCUGCGGGACCAGUCACUCGCCCUGCAGUGGGUAGCGGAGAACAUCGACAAGUUUGGCGGUGACCUGACAAAGGUGACUCUGUUAGGACACUCUGCAGGGGCCGCGUCUGCCGCUUUCCACCUUGUCCACCCUCGCAGUCAAGGUCCCUUCCAACAGAUUAUCCUUAUGUCGGGGACCCACCUGGCGCCCUGGGCACUCAGCAGGCAGCCGCGUGUAGCCUCCAGGAGACUCUCGGAACACCUAGGCUGCGGCUACGUGUCGGGCUCCUCCUAUCUGCUGGGGUGUCUGGAGAGGAAGGACGUGGACCAGAUUGUGAAGGCGGUGGAGAGAUUAAUCGAAGAGGGUAACCCAUAUUACCUCUUCGCUCCCGUCGUGGACACGUUUCUGCGUCAGGAGGAGCAGGUAGUGCCCCUGGAGCCCCUGAGUGCCAUCCGUGAGAGUGCCAACAGAAGGAUUCCUUUGCUGCUGGGCCUGUCAGAAAACGAAGGCUCGGUUAUGCUCUACAUUAAGAGAGAGAUUAACUACAUGACCUACGAUGACCUGAGGCGCUACGCUCACGAGAUCCUGGUGCCAAUGGUGACCUCGCUCCAUGGAUACGGGGAAGACACAGAGGUGGUCAAGAGGAUGAUGGAGUACGCUUACCCUGACAAGGCUCGGCUCGGGGAAACUCACGCUCUGGUCCUGGAGAUUAUAGAGCUCUUCACGGAUGGGUUGUUCAAGGCUCCGAUGAUAAAGAUGGCAGAGGAGGCGUCACGGAGAGGCCUCAAUACACACCUCUUCGUCAACACCUUCGUCAGCAGAGACAUCUACCGCUCUUACACUAACAUAUCGGGGGCGCUACACGGGGCCGAGCUGGCUUAUCUUUUCUCCCCAACAGCCUACAGAAAGUUCUUUAACCUACCGCUCACCUACAAUGAGGAGCAGUUGAGCCUAAGACUGAAGAGCAUGGUGUAUAACUUCGCCAGCAGCGGGUUGCCUUUCCUGUCCCAGUACGCGCCUCGCUGGGGUCGCUUCACCCUCGCGUCUCCAACAUACGCGUCGCUCGAGUCCGGCCAGAUCCACGAGGAUUACCAGCAGCACAAAGUGGCCUUUUGGAACCAGCUGUUGCCCGAGCUGUACAUCCUUGAUCAAACUAAUCCUGGAAGCACCACCACCACCACCUACAGACCCACGACAGGGAACCCCACCACAGAACAGCAAUUCAUCCAGCCAGAUGGGGAUGGGGCCUCUUACCAGUCAGCAGUGUGGGUGCUGGUGGGGGUAGUGCUCGUCCUCGUCGGAGUCAUCAUUGCCUAUAUCGUCUGCUCUCGGCGACGCAGGAGGCUCACAUCAGGAACACUUCGGAGCCAAUGACACGG